CCUAAUCGUAAUCCUCGAGGAGUUCAACGCCGAUCAAGAUGAGGCGACGGAUGUCUUCGGGGUAGCGGGACCAGGUGGCUUCUAGCAGAUUGUCUUGGUUAGAAGUGACAUUCCAUAGGUCCAGUUUGCUCCAACGCGGGAUGCCAGUUUAUAAGGAAAGGAAACUGCCUACGCUGACUCCAAUAGAUCGUACUGUGAAGGCCUCGAUGGUUGGAAGGCUCAACAAGGACACAUUGAAGGACAUCGAGAAGCGUGCGCGGUACGCUAACUCGGCCAUUGACCGCAUUGUGCCCCACCAGGACGAGGGUGCCGGCCUGAACGUGAAGCUUGAGAAGUUCUUCGAAAGUCUGUGAAAAUGUUUAUCAAUUCCCCUUCCGCCAUCUGCCUGGAGUCUUGGAACGACCGAAGUCGGUCAAGGGCGAAAGUAAUCCUCCGCGAUUUCACGCUCAUUCGCGGUAGAAUGGCUUGGAGUGAAGCAAAUCCAAAGAGGCCCGCUACGCUAGUCCUCAAACUCUCACCACGAUGGUCACUUUCGAUAGGCAUUCCAAGAGGGCGACUGCUCUUCCCAGAGCGAUCGAAGCUUCCAACUGGGGAAAGCGAUCCUCGGCCCAGUCGUAUAAAAACUAACUACUCGCGUUCAUGCCCCAGUAAAACCUCCCAAACUCUCCCACAACAAGAACAGUCAACCUCAACAGCUCAAGACCAUCUCGUCAUGUCUCUGAGUGCACUCCCAACCGAGCUGGAUGGCCGCAUCAUCAGCUUCCUCGACACCACCGCGCUCAAUGCGCUGUCGAAAGUCUCCAAGUACUAUCACAAACAGGCCAAGGAGUAUCUAUACCGCGACCUGAAAUUCACCACGCACCAUAGCGUAGCGAUAAAGCGACUGGCUCGAACCAUCCUCUCCCGUCGCGAACUGGCCGACUACAUCCAUUCUGUCUCUCUGACGUACAAGAAGGAGGACGAUCAACGCCAACCGGAUCUGCAGGACCAGUUUGAAAUAAAGCCUGUGGAUAUAUGGAAAGCGAUCGCAACCAUUGAAUGUCCCGUACCAGAGCUAAUGUCGAUCUGCUCGCUGAACCUCGAGCAUUCAGGGAUGGAGGUCGAUGGCUGCCUAGCUGCAAUCCUGUUACUAGCGACUAAUCUCACGACCAUCAAAUGGACCUCCGAGGUCAAGAAAACGGGGUUCGCCUUGCUGACCUUCCGCUUCCUUCACAUGUCUCAGAUGUGGUUGUCCAUGUCCGAAGACGGGCCUUGGACGCUCCCCUUCUCGAAGCUCCAGCACCUCGAAAUCGACGGCGUAAUAGAGCACAAAGUGGUCGAUAGGGUCCCCGUCCACGCAACGCUGAGAAAGCUAGCGAUUCGAAAUAGCACACUCUCUAACCUUCUCCUGCCUUACGAAGAGCCUCGCACUACGAUCCUACCGCUCCGCACCCUCGAAAUCCAAGACUGCUUCCUCGACCCCGCCAAACUAGAAACCGCCAUUCUAUCCGGCGUUAUGCGCAACAUCUCCCAUCUCUCCAUAGAGUGGAACCCGUACCACAAGAUCCACAAGCACUACAACAACCAGCGCCUCGUCACCGCCAUGGGCACGUACCUCCCCAACCUCGAAACCCUCAGAUGGCUCUCGAACCAGAGCGGCCUGGACGGCUCUGCCAUCAGGACGCUACAUCCGCUCCAGAAGCUGCGCGUCCUCGACUUCGACCACGUCCUCCCCAUGGCGCCGUGUCCGACCCCGGCCCAGGCCCUCGACUUCCUCGCAAACGCGCCCGCGUUCUUCCCUCCCUCGCUCCAGUCUCUCCACUUCCACGAAGUCUGGACCUGGGAGUUCAACGACAAAGUCGACCCCCUCCUGCGAGGCGACACCGGUGCUGGCGCUGACGCCGCGUUCGCCUACGUAAUGCCUAUUCUCUCCGCUUUGGGGCUGCGCGAGUUGUCGAUGACGAUGUGCAUGCAGGGACCGCCGGGCGAAGACGAUAUUCGCAGCGACUUUUCAGACGAGGGGAAGGCGCUGUUGCGGCGGAUUGCUGAUGCGCUGGGCGCGGUGGGCACGCGGUUUGAGGUGUUUAGGGGGCCGGUGGUGCUUGAAGGGGUGGAGCAGGCGAGGAAGCUCUGGAUUGGGCCCGGGUUUACGACGGAGGAACUGUGGUUGAGGGAGCGGGAUAUAGAGGAGGAUUUAUGGGACGAUAUACAGUGAUAAGGGUUUUGGAGGAGUGGCCGUGUGGUGGAGUGGAAUGACUUGUUGUGGGUGAUUUGGGCGGCUGGGAUCUGGGCACGAAGUCCUGUCCAUCUGGGUCAGCUAGACUUAGUCCUGCGUGGUUUAUCUACUUUCUGCCUGGUAAAUGCUGCACGGAUAUUGAGAGCUUGCAAUGGCAGUCACACUGGCACAGUAGUAC